AGAUUCGAUAUCUCGGUAUAACUUUGAAAAAUAGUUUUCCGCGAAAUCAUGAACGAGAUAGAAUCGUCAACCUACGCACAGAAAAAGAAUAAGAAUUAUAUAAAAAGUGAUAGUACCUGGAGCGAUCAGGUGUUGCUGAGGAAUAGAAGAAAAGGGUCUCAAGUUUCAAUAUCUAGUGUCAGCAGUAAUCAGUCUGAUUCUAGUAAUAGUGAAUAUGUUACUAAAUUCGAAAGAAAAGCAUCUUUGCAGGAGAUUAUUGAGAAAACCGCCGAGGAAAAAAGUUUGCCAGUGCAGUGCAAAAGAACUAGAUCGAAUUCAGAUGGAACAGGUUUGAGGUUGAUAAAUCAAGAUCCAGAUUUUCAAGUGUUUCCAAGCUUACCAGACUUCGUUUUGGAGAAAUUAGGACUCAGGGGAAAUGGCCCAAGAGAACGCCUGAGUGAGGAGGAACUAGAACAAAAAUUCACCAGCCUUGCUCUUGCCUUCACCAUAGAUGCUACAACAAUCAAAGACAGAUGCGACAGACAAAGAAGGAGCAGAGACCAGACCGAACUAAAUCUAACUAAAGAAAUCGAAAAGUUUAAAGAAAAACUAUCAUUUAUGCAACCCCUGUGCACUGACUAUGAAAAAGCAGAGCUGUUCUCCAAUUUGAUGACGCAGAUAGAUGUGAUAAUGAACGCUACUUGCCUAGUAUCAAUUUCAGCAGAGAAGUACGGAUCAGUUCAACACGAAGAAAGGCUUACAGAAUCUGUUGAUUUGAUGGUGAAUCACGUUCAAGUUCUGAAACAGCAAAGAGAUUCGGCCAGAAAACAACUUCAACACUCAAAGCGAGUACUACAGAAUUCCCCAGAUUCUUCAUCUCCUAGCCCAGUACCAUCUCCGAAAUCUGCAUUCCCCAACAAGAAAAUACUAACUCAAAGACGUGCCAGUUUCAAUAACGUGAGCCAAUCAGUUGCGGAAAGCAGCAAUAAAUCGUUCUCAGAUACGAAAAAAAUAACCAGGAGAACGUCCGAUCUGUCGCCGAGGGCCUCUUCUUUGCUGAGAAACGUUAGACCUAGCAGAUUGGAGUUGGGGGUUGAUCUGGUGAAGAUAAAGGAAGGUUUCGUGGACCAGCAAUUGCCAGUAGUAGAAAAAUCUUCUGAGAUAGAAUCGGAAAAUGAGUUCAACUUUUCGAAUGCCGAUGGUGUUUUUAGCCUUGAGAAGAAAAAGUCUUGUAUAGAUUCAUCGAAAUUGUCUUUAAGGUAUAAACUCCAGGAGAGAUUCCUUAGGGCGAAAGUUUCUAUAGAGGAAAGGUGCAAGAGAUGGACUGAAGAGGGAAAUUUUCACGAAACUUGUAGAUUUUGUGCUCUCAUCUGUUUUUCACUGGGUUUCAUAACUCUGGCGAAUAUUUAUAUUGAAUUCAAAUUGGCUAAAAGAGGGCUCUAGGAGUUUCGCACUUUUCUGGGUAUGGCCAGCAGGAAAUAAAAGAUUAUAUACCAACAAAAUCAUACUGGCAAGAAGUUUUUCUAGUGCAAGGUGAAAUGGCAGGUGCAUGAUCAUUUUGGAUUGCAUAAUCACGACAUUUUUUGAAUGUCGUUUUUUGAAGUAUAACUGUUUUAUUUCCCCUUGUAUGCAGUUUUGAUUCCAGAUGUGGAUUUAUAGAAAAUUUUGAAUAGCAUUCAAAACGAUAAAACCCUGUUCAUAUAAACAUAAUGACAAACAUUGUUCAUAAUUUAAUGAGAACCUAUUAAAUACAUGGAAUGG